CCCGCCCGCCGGCCGGCCUCCGCGAGCUGUUCUGAAAGUGACCCUGGGCCGGGCGGCGGGCGGCGGGCGCGGGCCGGGCGGCGGGAACCAUGACAGAAGAUGACCGAGGCGGCGCUGGUGGAGGGCCAGGUCAAGCUGCGGGACGGCAAGAAGUGGAAGAGUAGGUGGCUGGUGCUGCGCAAGCCGUCGCCGGUGGCAGACUGCCUGCUGAUGCUGGCCUACAGGGACCGGGCGGAGCGCGCCAAGGGCCUGCGGGAGCGCAGCAGCCUGACGCUGGAGGACAUCUGCGGCCUGGAGCCCGGCCUGGCCUACGAGGGCCUGGCCCACACGCUGGCCAUCGUCUGCCUGUCGCAGGCCGUCAUGCUGGGCUUCGACAGCCGCGAGGCCAUGUGCGCCUGGGACGCCCGCAUCCGCUACGCCCUCGGCGAGGUGCACAGGUUCCCCGUGACGGUGGCUCCGGGCACCAAGCUGGAGAGCGGCCCUGCCACCCUCCACCUCUGCAACGACAUGCUGGUGGUGGCCAGGGCCGUGCCCCCGGCCGUCGCGGGGCAGUGGAAGCUGUCGGACCUGCGGCGCUACGGGGCCGUGCCCCACGGCUUCAUCUUGGAAGGCGGGACCAGGUGUGGCUACUGGGCCGGAGUCUUCUUCCUGUCCUCGGCCGAGGGGGAGCGGAUCAGCUUCCUGUUCGACUGCAUCGUCCGGGGCAUCUCCCCGAGCAAGGGCCCCUCUGGGCUGCGGCCGGUUCUCCCAGACGCCGGCCCCGGGGGCCCCGCCACCGCGGAGGAGCGAGUGGCCCAGGAGGCCCUGGAGGCCCUGCAGCUGGAGAAGCGGCUCAGCCUCCUGUCCCACGGCGGCCGGCCGGGCAGCGGAGGGGACGACCGCAGCCUGUCCAGCUCCUCGUCGGAGGCCAGCCACUCGGACGUCAGCGCCAGCAGCCGGCUCGCCGCGUGGCCGGAGCCGUCCUCGUCCUCCGCCAGCGCGUCGCAGGAGGGGCCCGGGCUGCCGGCUUCCGCCCUCGCCCUCGGGGAGGCCGCGCCGGGCGCCUCCAGGCCGCCGCCCAGGCCGCUGCGGCCGCGGCAGCUGCAGGAGGUGGGCCGCCAGAGCUCCUCGGACAGCGGCAUCGCCACGGGCAGCCACUCCUCCUACUCGGGCAGCUGCUCGUCCUGCGCGGGGAGCAGCCUGGACGUGUGGCGCGCGGGCGACGAGUUCGGCUCGCAGCUCAGCCUGCCGCCGGCGGCGGGGGCGCCCGAGCCCCGCCUGUGCGCCUGCCCGCCCGGGACCGCGGAGUACCAGGUGCCCGGCGCCCCGCGGCCCCACUACGACACGCCCCGCAGCCUGCGCCAGGUCCCCCGGGAUCGGGCCCCGGCGGCGCAGGGCGGCCUGGGCGACAGCGCAGCCGGGGACCCGGGCGGCCCGACGUCCGCGGGGUGUCCCUCUGGCUGGCUGGGCGCGAGACGGCGGGGCCAGGAGACGGAGGCCCCCGGCAGCGAGGCGGCGCCGCCCGGCCCGGCCCCUCGAGAGCCCUGGGAAGCAGGCGGCCUCCGCGCGGGGCCCCCUCCGGCUUUCUUUGCCCCGUGUCCGGUCUGCGGGGGACUCAAGGGAGCCGCGGCCUCGCCCCCUGCGCCCCCCACACACCCAGGUAGCCCUCAGCCCCCCGGGACUCACAGCCCUGUCCCUGCAGGAGCCCUGGCGACCACCUAUGUGAACAUCCCCGCCAGCCCCUCCUCCACGAAGCAGCUGCACUACCUGGGCCUGGAGCUCCCGGAGGCGGGCGCGGGCGUCCGAGGGGCCAGCACCUCCGGCUACGCGCAGAUCGACCUGGCGGCCACGGCGGCGGCCCAGCGGGCGGGGGCCCAGCACGCACAGGCCCGCGAGGAGCGGCUGGCCCAGCUGGAGCCCAGGAGGAAGGGGGCCCCUCGCUGA